AUGAAUGUAAUAAAGGAGAUUCAAGAAAGUUAAAUAAUAGAUAUUCUUAUAUUAUCUUCUGCCUUGUGUUACACCUUAAAUCAUUCAAACUAAAACAAAUUCAUAAGCCCGUCUUUACUUAAGUAGAUUUACAAAAAUCUACAUUGCUUUAUGAUGAAAUCUAAUAGAUAGGAUUUAAUUAAAUUAUUUUUUACGUUAGUUUACUUAAAUGAGGUAAAAAUUUUUAUAGAAUUUUAUUUCAACUACCUAUUAAAUCCUAUUUUAUUUACUUUCUGCUAAGUAUUAAAGUAUUUAAGAAGUAAAAGAGUAUUAGAGGUGAGUAAGAAAGAAAUACUCAAAGAAAAAAGAGAAAGAUAAUUUAUUAUUUUCUUUGUAUACUUUUGA